AAGACUUAUGGGCAUCUGAAAAAACUUGGAUAUCUGAAGACGGAUAGGCAUCUGAAGCUGAGCCCUCUUCAGCAUCCAGUGUCACCUCGCAGGCUCGGGGGUCUGAGGAUGGCGACGCCGAAAGCGGUGGCUCCUGCCCCCGCUCCGGCAAGAAGUCGGGGAUGAUUUCAAUACUCACGGAGGAUGUGUCACUCAUCUUGGCGCAGUCUGGAAAACAGCAGCUUCGCAGGAACGAGGGAAGUGCAGCGCCAGUGUCGAACCACGCACGGAAUCUCUAGGAUUCAAGUCCGCGCAAGUGGGGAAACCAACUUUGGCACACCCCCCAGAAAACGCGUGCGACGCUGCUGGUUGCGACGUCACCCGCAGUCCCCUGCAUGCGCGGAGACAUGGACAGAACCAUGUACUGGUUCAAGAACCUGGCUCCUGUUUCGUUGGCGUUGGGGUGCUUCGCUCGCCUGCAGCGGCAGUUUCGGGAGCUUCGAGUUGCGCAACUCGGGACGUCGUCCCUGCUUCAUGUACAGAAAAAAUCGGCCACGCAUGCAGCAGCGCUGGUGGCAUUCGCCCGGAGAUACGCAGAGAUGCUCGACGGGUUAGCCAGCGAGAAAAACUCCGCUGUCCAGCCUUCGGCCCGCGCUCUGGGAACCUCUAACGCCGGCAACGACCAGCAACGGGCGUCAAAUGCAGGAAACUACGAAGCCCCUGUCUACCCAAAGGCAUGUUCCCGAUCAGACGUCGUGCGAUCCCCCAUCCCUCAUCUCAUUCACCGCGUUCUCAGUUUCCCUGUUGAUAUCGAGCUGUGUCUGGUCUGUCGCCAGUGUAGGGUCCAGGACCGCAGUUGGUCGCCAGGACCCACGCAACGGAGUCACCGCAGCCGCCCGUGUGAUGCCUUAGAAGGCUAAGAAACCUACAGGGAGUGUCUGGGCGGCGAAUUGAGAGGGAACAGAGGGAGAACCGGCGCAGUCGAACUCUGAUCUGGUAAGCAAAAACUGCAGGAACUAGAGCAGCAGUCGAGUUCCCACGCAAGCAUCGCUUAACGCUGAAUCGCACUUUCGUUCUCGUCGACGAAAAGCCACAGCAGGGAUCCACCCAAAGGACGAGGAUCGAGAGGACUAGCGGCGCGCAGAGCAGGGGCUACUGAAACGAAACGCGGAUGACACCGAGAGCAAGCAAAGAGAGGGCAUGCCGUUUUUUUCCGCAGACAGCAAGCGAGAAGACGGACAUCAAGUCGUUGACUCACGGCGAGUGCCGCGUGGAGACCCUGGACCGCCUCCGGCCCCGGGAAGCAGCCGGCGGGGCUACACGCCGGGGCAACAGAGCCUGGCGGGACUUACACUCCUCUCACAUUACGUCAGCAUGCCCACAGAACACAGCGUAUCAUGACGAAGAAGAUUUGAGCUCCGUUAGAUGCAGCAGUCCACUGGCACUCGAGGCGCUGAGACGCAGCUCGGAGACAAGAUGCCAUGUUUCACGGUGGAGCCGCGACGCCUCUGGAAGCACCGCCUCAAACGACGGCCUGGAGGCGACAGAGGGACAAGACGGAUCCACUCGAAAUCGGACAAAUAAAUUGAGAUGACGUGUCGACACGGUAAGCGAAAAAAACGCGCAGAGGUAAAACAGAGAGCAGAUGUGGGCGACUAGCCACAGGUCCGACGCGAGCGUAGCGUAAUGCACUACCUCCCCUGCUUCGACGGCCACUGAGGAACCGACCGGUGGCCGCUUUUGGUGAAAAACUGGAUGGACCAAAAAAGAGUAAGAAGGGUCAGAACGAAUGCGCUUCGUGCGAAGCGGAGAGGCCACUCAAAACCCGACCCUGGAUGUACCACCAGGGCGGGAGCAGCGGCCGCAUACAACAGGCGCUAACAAACAGCGAAAUGAGACCUGAACAAAGGCUGGUCUUCACCAUUAAGAAGAGAAUGCAAAUUUCCGGGGAAGUCUCAAAUGGGGCAGAAGGGCAGACACACAGACAGAAGGACACCUCCGGCGCGCCGAACCGCAGCCGUGGCGCAGUUCCUCGGAGAAGACAGCUGAGGUCGUGCCAGAAAAGUCUGGAGAACAGAAACACGUGUGUGGCUCAGAAAAACAAAUGACGGAUUCACCCGGGUUGGAGAGCUGCAGAAAAAACCGCUGGAAAAGACCUCAGGACACCACGGGGCGAAAGAGAUGCACGCGUCUGUCCCCGUCGUGCAAUGCAGAAGACUCGGUGUUUGGCAUCGAAUUCCGAAGAAGCUUACUUCUCCAGUCUUGCGUCCCAAUCAACCUUGCCGCAGUGAAAAAGUGCUAAGAGCCGCCUCGUAGCGAGCCUAUCCAUUUUGAUAGACAUACGCGAGGG